AUGUUCAAUGAUCUCAAGCAGCUUAGGGAAGGAGCGGAAAUGAUAUUGAAAACUGCUUUGGAGGAAAGCAAUAUAAUAGCUGACUUCGUAUUUGUUCCAUUUCACGAUCCAGCGGUAGGUCCACCAACAGUUACAACACAUAAGGAAGUGUUUAAAUCAGCGUUGAAUAUUGUUCGUGUGUAUGGCGGAGGAGAUUGUCCAGAGAGAUCAUUAGGAGGUAUUCAACUCGCGCUGAAAGUCAGUAGACCCAAGUCCUUCGUUUACGUAUUCACUGACGCUACGGCCUCCGAUCAUAAACUUGUAGGGAAAGUUCUGGAUACUGUGCAGAAAAAGCAAAGUCAGAUUGUGUUCGUGCUGACUGGCCACUGCAACGAUCUCAACAAACCUUCAUAUCAGGUUUACCAGCAGAUAGCGGCCGCUAGCUCCGGGCAGGUGUUCAAUUUAAAUAAAACCAGUGUUCGUAAGGUUUUAGAAUUCGUCCGUAGUUCUAUCAGGGGACGGACAGUUAACCUUGGUUCAUCAGUGAACCCAGCGGGAUACAACUACACCCAACAGAUUCCAGUUGAUAAGACAGUGGGUGAAGUAACAGUUUCUGUGUCGGGAGCCAAGCCAAGUAUUAAAGUUGUUAAGCCAAGCGGCGAAGAACUCACGGGCCCUCCACAACUGGUCACUAUAUUGGAUCUGUCUGAAAUUAUGAUAGUGAAGGUGUUAUCUCCAGAGCCCGGUUCUUGGCGUGUGACGGUCGGUAGUUCCGAGACACACUCGGUCAGGGUCAAAGGUCUUUCGGAGCUGUCCUUCACUCACGGGUUCUCUAUCACAGACGCGACAAGCCUCAAUGACACCAGCUACAGACCCUUGAAAGGUACAUACAAUAACAUGUUAAUAUCUCUUCCCGCCAAUUCCUCCAUAAAUCUCGACCACGCGGAACUUCUAGAUUUGAAAGGAAAACCGUUAUUUGAGAUACCUCUGAAGAAAAUUGAUGCGACCAGUAACAUAUACAAAGCGGACGCGUUUAUACCACCCGAGGAGUUUUUUAAUAUUGCAGUAGUAGGUAUCGACUCUUCAGGAAACGAAGUUCGUCGCAGUAGUCCUACAGCCGUGAGCUCUGCGCCGCCCGAUAUUCCCAAUCUCACGGUACCGAAGAAGAUAGUAUCUCACUCUCACUCUCGUGUGGUCCUACAAUGUUUCGUGGACAGUCUCGUGCCGGUCAGCGUCGUUUGGACUCGACGCGGCGUAGAUCUACACGAACAAAGUCAUAGUUUACGAAGUACGACAGUUGAUUAUGUUAUAAGUGAUAUGUCUGAAGGAGACGUGGGUACGUAUCGUUGUGUCGCGAGUAACGCCGCGGGGCGAGCCACUGCAGACACGAGCGUCGAUAUGAUAGUGCCUCCCCCACAAGUGUCGAUAUCUCCUAUGAACGUGACAAUAACAGAGACCGAGCGUGUGUUGUUAACGUGUUCUAUAUACAGCGAGACUUACUUACAUCGAGCGAGAAUCGAGUUCCAAGGAGAAUUGAAUCCUUAUGAUGUUAAACUGGAGCCAUCUAUGGACGGUUUUUACACAUUAAACAGAACUAUUGAAGAAGCUAAGCAAAAUGAUAGCGGUGUUUAUACCUGUGUCGCCGCAAAUAGAGGAGGUAUUUCCAACCAGUCGACCGAACUCAUAGUGGUACCAAAACCCACUGCUCUCAUACUUGGCCCACACACGAUAACAAAGCUUCUACAUUCAGACAUACAACUCGUAUGUCACGUGGAGAAUUCUGAGAGAGUUAUAUGGACGUAUAACGAUAUAAAUGUAUCGAACAACGAAGUUAAUGGAAAUUAUAACGACAUGAUGAAUGUUGAUAAUGUUAAGGAAGACGGCGUUUGGACUUGUACGGCUAAGAAAGGCAUAUAUAGUGCGUCAGAUUCCGUGCAAGUGACCGUACAUAUCAAACCUCAAGUUAGUAUAGUCGGUUCUAAGAACGUGUCACUGCCACGGAACAGCACUUAUGAUGUCAUAUGUACAGUGGUCGCUCGACCACAACCACGUGUGUUGUGGCACAGAGAGACCGAGGAGUUUUUAUAUCAUGUUCUAACAAAUCCUGAACCAAAUUUAUAUAGAAGUGUGUUAACUGUAAACGGUACGAAUGGUACUUAUUUCUGUAUCGGCGAGAACUCUGAAGGCAUCCAUCAAGAUAGUGUGGAUAUUAAUGUUUACUCUCCAAUGAUUUUAGAACAAAAACUAAAUGAUACCACCGUAGAAUUAUACUCAUCGGUAAAAUUCCAUUGCAAAAUAAGCGCAUACCCGAAGCCUAAUAUAAAAUGGAGUCACAAUAAUACGUACAUAACACGGAAUGAUAAUAUUGUCAUUGAAAAUGAUAUUCUGAUUAUAAAAAGAGUCGAUUUUGGUAAUCUUGGACUGUAUUUAUGUGAAGCUGAUAAUGGCUAUGAGAAAAUUACAGUAAAUUUCAGCUUAGGUGUACACGGACUUGCAACACCACUUAUAUAUAAGGAAUACGAGAAUAUUGUUGUUCGUAAAGGAGAAACAUUGAAUUUGACAUGUAGAAUAUUAUCUGGCAGCCCGAAACCGGAUAUAAAAUGGCUAUUUAAAAGAUCUACCCAUUUCUCCAGUUUACCAGAUGCUUCAUUGAAAAAUUAUACAGUUUUCAUAGAAAAUGUUAGUAUAAAUAACUCAGGCACGUAUAGAUGUGAAGCGAGUAACGUAAUAGGCGAAGAUGCUUAUGAACUCACAGUGAGUGUGCAAUAUCCGCCAGAACUACCCUCAGACCAAGAAGCGUACAAGUUAGAAGGUCCACAGCAAGUAAAGACGGGUGAUACGAUAAGUCUUAACUGUAACGUUACCGGCGACCCGCUGCCGCUUGUAACUUGGACCAAAAACGGCUUACCGAUAAAUUACUCAAAGAAAUUAUAUUUCUACGGCGAUACUUUGGUGAUCGAGAACGCUACGAAGUUUGAUGCCGGUGUCUUUGUAUGUAAUGCUAGCAAUGUACUGGGCUCUACGACGAAGAAUUUCACUAUAGUUGUAUAUGCACCUCCAGUAGUGACCUCUAGCGGUAUUGAACUGGAAGUUUUGGAGGGUGAAUUAGUUGAACUACCGUGUGAGGUCAAAGGUCACCCACAGCCGAGGGUGAAGUGGACUCACAACGGUCAAGACAUCAUAGAUAGUAGAAGACAUACAGAUAGAUAUGGAUUAAGAUUUAUUGCUAAUUUAACCGAUUUCGGUGAAUACGAGUGCUUCGCGAGCAACGACUUCGGAAACGCUUCGUUGAACUACACGUUGUAUAUAUGGGUAACGCCAUCUAUUGAGGGAAAUGAGGAAGAAGUUAUGACUAUAAGAAAGGGUUCAAAUGUUAGUGUUGAAUGUGAUGCCGUGGGAUUCCCAGUACCGGUGAUAACGUGGAAAUACAAUAAUAAUGAUUUGAAAGAAAAUACAUCGAAUAUAAGAUUCAAUAACAUCGGUUCGUUGUCUAUAACUAACAGUAGUUUAGCGACGCAAGGCGUGUACACGUGUUGUGCUGAAAACAUCGCCGGGACGGCCUUUAAGAAUUACAUUAUUAAUGUUAAUGAGGCUCCUAUGUUUCUGAUGGAUAACUUCACGGGUCCAUACAUCGCGUCAACUAUGGACAAAACGUUAGCAUUGUCCUGUAAAGUUGCAGGCGACCCUCGACCUUUUGUGUAUUGGAGUAAGGACGGUAUUGGCUUAAAUGUGGAUUCUCGCUUCUCCGUAGACACGGAAGGCACACUAAUGAUCAAAAAUCCCACUGAAGACUUAAGCGGUGUUUACACAUGCACCGCCGUUAAUAUCGUCGGGAACUCUAGUAGAGAUUUGGACGUAGAGAUAUACUCUCCACCAAUAUUAAUGCGAGACGAAAGUUCACCUUUGAAAAUAACGGCGAUAGAAGGAACGAAUGUUGAAGUGACAUGUCCUGUACUAGGAAAUGUUACUGUCAAAUGGUACAAGAAUGCAAUCCUGAUAUCGAAUAAUACUCUAAAAUUUCCGAACAUAUCUCGUACAAACGCAUCCUCAUACACAUGCGUGGCCACCAAUAUGAUGGGUUCUAUACAUAGUGACGUCAUCGUGGACGUACAAUGGCCGCCGGACAUACAAGAUGGCGGAGAUAUUGAAAUAUUGGCGGGAAACGAUUGUUAUAUAGAUUGUAAAACUGAUGCAAAUCCACACGCUGAGAUAAAAUGGUUAUUCAACUCAAAAGCUCUGAUGGGUGAAAAUAAAGAAAGGUUAUCAAUACUAGACGCGAAAGUUUAUAACAGCGGCAUCUAUCGGUGUGUUGCUAGCAACUUACAUGGGACCGUGUUCAAGGACAUUCAGUUGCACGUCAUAGAGCCGCCAUUUAUAUCACCCUUUGAUUAUUUAGAAGUUGAACUCAAAUCAGGAACAAAUGCGAGUCUUGAUUGUGAACCGACUGGAACGCCACCGCUAAAUGUGACUUGGCUUUAUAACAAUACGAAUUGGGUGUUGCAAAAUACGUCUUUAAUAUCUAUCGAUACGACAGUUCUAUCUGAAGGGCUUUUCACCUGUAAGGCAACAAACAAAGCCGGUACCAGGUCUAUAGUUUAUCGUGUAAUAGUUAUUGUAAGUCCCGUCAUUGAAGAGGUGAUCAGUUUUGUUGGUGGAGAGGGAAGGAAUGUUGGAGAUAUAGAUGAAAUUGAGGUUGGUACAAACACAAGAAUAGCAUGCAAAGCAUCUGGCAACCCUAGUCCCUUAAUACAAUGGUUCCACAAUGGCAACAUUGUUUCCAAUGAAACGGGACUUUACGCGGACUUGAUAUUAACAAAUGUUACCUCAUUCAAUAAAGGGGAAUACGUUUGUGUUGCCAGUAAUAUAGGUGGCGUUGAUCAAAAGAAAAUUAAAAUAGAUGUAUUAGAACCUCCAAGAAUAUUUCAAACUCUCUUUUACAACGCCAAUUCAUCGCAAAGCAACGUGACAUUAGAGGUACUUUGUAAUCAAGUAUUUCACCUUCACUGUCACCCAUACGGAAAUCCCCUACCUGAUGUAUACUGGUUCAAAGAUGACGUACCAUUGAAAUUUUAUGAUGACGAAAUGUUUUCAACUGAUUUUGGUGAAAUAAUUGUCUCCAAAGGCGCUAAAUACGAACAAAGUGGAAAUUAUACUUGUGUUGCUAGAAACAAAGUGGGCAAUGCUAGCGUCAGUUUUUUGGUUGAUGUUUUGGUUCCUCCUCCUCCUCAGAAAGGGGAAAUCAAACGUGUGAAAGUCUUAUCAGGGUUGUCACUCAAUAUAAGUUGUCCGGUCGAAGGGCAUCCUCUACCCUUCAUAAGGUGGAUUAAACAACCCUACACGGAAAUUGUGGAUAACACGAGGACAUUGUUGCUAGAUUAUAAUUCUACUUUACAUUUCCCAAACAUCGAUACAUCAGACUCCGGUCUAUACACCUGUAUAUCCACAAACAGUGUUGGUACCUCCGAGCUGCUUCACGAGGUCACAGUACAGACAGCUCCUACGAUAGCCGGGAAUGACUCACAAGUUGUAGUAGCACUUGGUAGAAGUAUCAUCUUGAAAUGUGAAGUUGAUGGCGUACCUGAACCUAAGAUCACGUGGUUUAAGGACGUUCAACCCCUGGGUCCACCGCUAGCUAGCGUCCAGUCUUUAUCUCGUACCAGCGUAGCGUGUGUGUGGUACUCCGCCCUGCGUCACUCGGGCUCCUAUAGUUGUGUAGCAGAAAACGACGCGGGCGUCGCACAUCGUCGGUACACCGUCAACAUCAAAGAUAGAAAUAAUAAGCCAGAAAAUGUUCUCAUAGACGAGUCUUCAUGCAAGGGUGGAAGCAUUGACAGGAGGAAGUGUCACAUGCCGCCGUGCGAGUCUCCAAAGUUUUCAUAUACACAAGAGUCUAAUAUCGGAGCCUAUCACCAGUCUCCAAAGUUUUCAUAUACACAAGAGUCUAAUAUCGGAGCCUAUCACCAGUCUCCAAAGUUUUCUUACACACAAGAGUCUAAUAUCGGAGACUAUCACCAGUCUCCAAAGUUAUCAUAUACACAAGAGUCUAAUAUCGGAGCCUAUCACCAGUCUCCAAAGUUUUCAUACACACAAGAGUCUAAUAUCGGAGACUAUCACCAGUCUCCAAAGUUUUCAUAUACACAAGAGUCUAAUAUCGGAGCCUAUCACCAGUCUCCAAAGUUUUCUUACACACAAGAGUCUAAUAUGAGUCUUACCACCAGUCUCCAAAUCCUAUAUGGUCUCGCUGGUCGUCGUGGUCUGCUUGUUCCUCGUCCUGUGACCCAGCCGUCCAGCUCCGGACCAGAACAUGUCUACAAGAACACUGUGACGGAGAUCACGUGCAGUAAAAUGAAAAUGUUAAAAUUUUGCCAACCAAGGGUUCGAAAAUGUCCGGGUGUUGCAAAGUGUGAGACAAAUCGCUUACAUUAUACUAUCGAAGAUGACCUUAAGGAAGACGAAAUUAUUCCAGAUUACAUUCCUGAAGCGACAUUUGAACUACAACCGGAGAUUAAAGAUAUAACAAAACCAAAGUUAUCAAGACCAGUAAAGAAGAAACCUAUUUCAGCAGCUCCCGUGUAUGAGGUGAAGGUUACAGCUUCUCUUGAGGGUAGUCAGAGAGGCCCUUGCGAGCCAGGGGACUGGUUUGAUGCUGAUAACAACAAAUGUGAAGAUGUAGACGAGUGUGUGACAUCAAGUAGCGUAUGUCACUCGACCCAAGUGUGUGUGAACACGCGUCGAGGAUACUCCUGCACCUGUGAGAAUGGAUACACCUCGCUGGGACCUGGACAACGGUGUAUAGACGUGAACGAGUGCACUCAGGAUGUUCACGAGUGUGAGUACGCGUGUGUGAAUACGGCCGGCGGGUACGUGUGCGCGUGUCCCGCGCCGCUCAGGCUACAUCGAGACAGGCGGCGGUGUGUCAUGCCGUCUUUACAGCACGAGCCCAUUCAAUACGACGAUUAUGAAGACACUAAAACUUUUUACAAAUAUUUAUAA